AUUGUCUUAUAAAAAUAAUAUCAUUGGAUCUGUGUUUAAAAAUACUUUCAUAUGGCUAAAAAUUUAUUGCUACAAAUAUUAUGCUACAAGAGAUAUUUAGAGUCAAAUGUUAGUAUUGAAGAUCAUGACAAGUUUAACCACGCCUUACAUUUGGCUAUUUCCCAUUUGGGAUAGAGGGAGUAGCAGCAGGUUCCCACAUCACAGCACACCCCCAUCAAUUUCUUCAUCGACCCAAAGGAUUUGGUGCAUCUCUAUGCUUCGGGUACAUCGGACGGUUGAGGCAUCUCUAUGCUUCAGGUACAUCGUCUUUGGUGCAUCUCUAUAUUAAUGACAAAUUGACGAUGCACAGCUUGUGGCCCUUGACGAGCGUCAGCCAAGUCAAGUCAAGCCAAUUGGUGGCACAAAAGAACCAAAUACUGACUGUAUUUGACAGAAUGCAUCACAUAUUUCUCCCAUGCGGCGAAGAAGCCGUGCGUCGCCGACACCACCCAGCUCAUCAGUUCCACUAGAAACGCCCGACCGGCGGAAGAAGAUCGAGCCAUGGCUGAGCUCGCGUCGGGCGCCGUGAGCUCGUUGCUGGUCGUCAUCCGCAAUGAGGCGCUGCUGCUCCGCGGCGUCCAGGACGACGUGCAGUUCAUCAAGGAGGAGAUGGAGAGCAUGAAGAGCUUCCUGGCGCACCUAGCCCGGAGUGCGCCGCCCGGCGGCGAGCACGACGAGCAGGUGCGCACGUGGAUGACUCAGGUCCGGCUGCUAGCCCAGGACUGCAACAACUGCAUCGACCUGUACCUGUACCGCGGCAACCCGGACAUCCACCGGGCCAGGGGCGGAAUCCGGCGCUACGUCUGGUGGGUUUCCUGGUUCCUGCACAAGAUGGCCGCGCAGCACCGCGCGGCCAUCCAGCUCCGCCAGCUCAAAGACCGGGCACGCGACGUUGGCGAGAGACGCCUGAGGUACGGCGUGGAGGUCCCGGGGAAGUCGACGACAUUGGGGCAGUCACCUCAUGUUGCAGCUGGUGGCUAUGCUACUGCCGACGAUGAAGAAGACCGUGAUGAAGAAGAUCAGACCGCCAAGAUCCAGCUCGUCACGCCAACGACCCAUCACUAUGGUCCAAGAGCCUUCUUUGAGCCUCGCUCUCGGGACGACUACGUCAAGGCGAAGCUGCUGGAGUGGGUAUCUGCCCUUACUGCAGGUGCCGGCGAGACUUUGUCCAUAGCCAUUGUGGCACCGGAUACAGAUCGAGCCGUCCUCGAUCUUGCACAAAAAACUUUGGUUGUGCCACUCUUUCCACCCGCCUACACUAACCCAGGCUACCAUCGUGGUAUCUUGGUCAACAUCCCGGCGGUGCACCUAAAUACCUUCUUUUUUCCUGUGCCGCUACGACCCAAGGAGGUUCUCUACUACAUUCUGCGGGAGCUCAAGCAUGCCAAAUCCCGAUCCCAUAAGCAGGACAUAGAUCAAAGCAAAGGGGAGGAUGAGGAGAAGGAACCUGAUUUUUGGCAAGCUUUCAACAAAAAACGUGAUAUUUACCUUGGAAAAAAGAGGGUGAUUCAUAAAAUCAAAGAGAAAAUAAAAAACAUGAAGGUUUACGAAAAGCUUGACAGGAUCGAGCGUGAAAUUCGAGCUCAACAGCAGAAGGGCAAUCAGCAGCAGCUGUUUCAGCAGGACCUUGGACAAAAGAAGGGCUUGGAUAAGCUGGACCUAGUCGUACUCCUUCAGAUGCUGCUCCAUCCUCAACAGGACCAAGCGAAGAAUAGAGACAUGCAGACAAUGCCAGUGUGGGACGACAACACCAUUGUGGAAAUAGCUAAGAAGUUUAAGGAGUACAUGGAAGCAGAUGAAAAAGCCAAUGAGCUUAAGGAGGAAACGGGGGCAGAAGAAAAGGAAGAUACAGCCAAGCAAGAAAAAGAAGAAGACGAUGGAGGAGUAGAGAGGAAGGAGGAGAAAGGAGACAAGAUGGAGGAGGAGAAACGAGGAGGAGAGAGGAAUAAGGAGGAGAAGAAAGAAGGAGGGAGGCAGUACGAAGAGGAGCAAUUAGGAGGAGGGAGGGAAGAGCAGGAGAACGAGGAGGGAGACAAGAGAGAGGAGGAGAAAGGAGAAGAGGGGGUCGAGAUGAAGGAGGAGAAAGGAGGAAGAGACGAGGAGGAGAAAGGAGAAGAUGGAGUCGAGAUGGAGGAGGACAAAGGAGGAGAUAAGGAGGAGAAAGGAGACAAGAUAGAGGAGACGGAGGAGGAGGAGCAAGCAGAAGAAGAAAACGAAGACAACAAUGACAACGUAGAAGACAAUAAAAAAGAGGAAGACCAAGAAGAUCAAGAAGAGGAAGGCCCAAUUUAUCUUCAUCAACUUCAGUACGAACAAAUCCUACGGGAAGUAUUCCCCAUGCAAGCCCAGCCGGCCAAGCAAGCUUCAAAAAUCACGACGACUACAUUGGACGAGGAACAAAUCAAAAAAAUGAUCAACGAGGCAAAACAAGAGGUCUUGAGGGAGCUGCAGGAAGGCAAACCAGAUAAGAAUCAAGCAACAGGAGAACCAUGUCAAAACCAAAAUGUUGGUUUUGAAGAGAUUGCACAGAAGAUUAAAAAAAUCAAGUGGGAACUUAAAGAACAGCUAAAGAUCAAAGGUAUCGUGGACAAGAUUAAAAAACUCUUGGGAGAUGAAUGCCCACUAAUUAUCCUCAAAGUUGACGAGAUGAUGGAUGGAUCCAGAUGGGAGGAUGUCAGAAAGGCUUUGAGCCUGUUAGAUUGCAGCGCUGAUGCACUGAUCUUCACCACCUCGGAGAGCAUCCAGGAGGCUAAAGGAUAUUGUUAUCCACCACGAGAACCUAUAGACUAUUCUCUUGUUGGCCUCUACCAUGAUACAGUGCUCGAGCUUACUAGCAAGCAGAAGAAUGAAGACAAUUUUGACCCCCAGGUUUUUCGUGACAUCUUGGAGUGUUGUUUUUUUUCAAAGGACAACUUGGAGUAUGAGCCACAUGAAUUCUGCAUGAAGAUCUUCACUCAUGCAUUGUAUGCUAACUCCAAUAGGAGCAGUGAAGAGUUAAUCAAGUUGCGCAGCACCCUGCAGGCUUUACCAAAAUCAUUCGACAUCCGAGCUAAGAAGAUGUUCAUGUACUCUUACAAUGAUCUACCUAAAGAAUACAAGUCCUGCUUGCUGUACCUAGCUAUCUUCCCCAAGGGGCAAAAGAUCAGGCGGUCAGACUUGAUUGGAAGGUGGGUUGCAGAAGGGCUGAUAGUGAAGGAAGAUUGGCCCAGUUCUGUGAAACAGGCCCGGCGAUGUUUUGAUGCGCUCAUCCGCAGGUGGCUUGUUUAUCCCGUUGACAUUGGUGCCACAGGAAAGGUCAAGAGCUGUGUGGUAGGUGAUCUAGUUCAUGGAUUCAUUACCACCAUCGCAAGAAAACAACACUUUGUGGAGACACGUCUGUCACAUCACUUGGCUCGCCAUUUCUCUGUUUUCAAUGAUCUCCAACUCCGCAGCUCUGAUAGAAUUGACAAAUUCUUCCAAGAUCUCUCUAAAUCAUAUCGAGUAUCCCUGCUCAAGGUGCUAGAUUUAGAAGGUUGUAAGUGCUUUGGUGGGAAGAACCAACGGUACCUCAAGGACAUCUGCACCAAGAUGUUACUGCUGAAGUAUCUGAGCCUAAGGGGAACAGACAUUACCCAGCUACCCAGUGAAAUCAACUACCUCCGUGAGCUCGAGGUAUUGGAUAUCCGACAAACCAAGGUGCCUGCGCAAGCAACAGCAAAUAUUCUGCUUUUGAAGCUAAAGCGUCUGCUUGCUGGUGACAUUGAUCCAAGUUCAAGCAAUUUUGGCAGUGUUCAGAUUCCUCACAGGAUUGGCAAAAUGGUAAAGGUAGAGGUACUAUCUAAUGUUAAGGCCCUGAAUAAUGAUGAUUUGAAAGAUAUUGGAAAGCUGUGGCAGUUGAGAAAGCUAGAAGUGGUUAUCAGUGAUAAGGAUAGUCAACUCGAGAAUUUGCUUCAAACAAUAAGUGACCUACAUGAGUGCCUCCGUUCUUUGUCAAUCACUCUUCCUACAGCCGCAUCAUGCAAGGAUACUCCUUCCAGUGUAAAAUUACCCAAUAAUAUUGGCUCUUGCUUGAAACAAAAUCCGAAGAUUCUAGAGUCUCUAAGCAUCAGGGGAACCACACUGAAGGGGCAUCUUCUUCCAGUGAUCACAAAUGGUGGUAAUAACAAACUUGCCAAGUGUGUCAGGCUCCACCACAUUGACUGCACCGAGGGCAAGCUCACCUUCAAAAAGGACAGAUUCAUAAGUCUCAAGUGCCUUUUUGUUGAGGGUUCGGACUUGACAAAUAUCACCUUUGAGGAUGAAGCAGCUUGUGAGCUUGAGAAGAUGGUUUUGUCUUUCACCAGCACAGAGUCUAUUUCUGGAGUUGACAGGCUUCCAAAAUUGGAAGAGCUCGAGUUGAACAAUAGCAGCGGCAGGUUACUAUCAUCAUUUGAGAAUACCAAACAAAUAGCCAAGCUGACUCUUCGUGGUACAUUGCUGGACCAAGAUGCUCUAAAAAUCCUCGCCAACAAACCAAAUAUACGCUGCCUGGUACUCUUGGACAAGUCUUUUCUCGGAAGCCAGAACCAGAUUACCUUCAACAAAGAUGAGUUCAUAUGGCUCAACCUUCUUGAUGUUCACUGCUCUUCCAUCACCAAGAUCGUCUUCACUAGCGGAUCUGCUCCUAGGCUCGAGAAGAUUGUCUGGUCAUCUUUCGCAUCUCUCUCCGGCAUUGAGAACCUUCCUAGAUUGAAGGAGCUCGAGUUCAAUGGGAAAGAUGUCCCCAAUGAGGUGACAGAAGCCAUUAAAAAGCAUAAAAACAAACCUAGUCUUAAAGAUAAUGCGCCAGAAACUCAAGACCAAGCAAAAGGAGAUGAAGAAGAGGAUGACGACGAUGAUGCAAGAUUCCCUUUCUGCUGGAAGAAACAGGUCUGAUGCUGGAGGAGCCUCUCCUUCGAUCCCAAGGUGUGGUUUGUGUGUGGCUCAUCUGUAUUUCCUUACGUUCUUCUUGCUGCCCAUGCGCACGCAUGCGUGUUAGUGUGUCCAGUUGCUUGCUCUAGAUGAGUGCUUUGUGGUUGUUCUGAGCAUAAUGGUUGUGUUUGUGUCUAUGCUCAUGGAUUUGAAUGUGUGGCUUUAUUUCCUGUGUCAGAUACCAUACGUGCCUGUAUGGUUUUCAUGUAAUAAGUGCAUUGUUUGGGCACACACUUGACCUCUUAUAUUAAUGUAAUGUGUGCUAGUAUAUGCUUUGAGUGCGCACUGCAACUCAAUGAUGAAGUGGUGUGUGUCAUAAUAUUUCUACCUUAAUGUAAGCACCAUCUGCUUCGAACAAGCUGUUAGCAUUGGUGCCUGUUUAGGUGCUCUGAAUGAAGUAGAGUUUUAAUCAUGUGUCA